GGAGGUCACCUCCACUUUCCCCAAGUCCUUCCUGCAUAUGGUCGCCCAAGGCCCUGAAUCUCGGUCAGGGAGUCGUAUGAGCAUGGCUGGUCAGAAGAGACGUGCAGCAGCCCAGGAUGACCCUCUGGCCACCUUGCCUUUGAGCGACUCGAAUUCAUGGUACUACCCGUCGUACGGAUACGACACGGAGGAUGAAGAGGAGACGAUUAUGCCUGGGUCGUCUCUGGGGAACUGGGGAAACAAGUCGACUCGCGGGGCGCGCUGGGUUAGGCGAGGGAAGAUUGCAGCAUGGGGACCAGAAAUGGACGAUUGGCAGACUGAGGAGCGCGCAAGGAAACGCAUCAAGACGCUUAUGCAGCAAAACCCGCGCCCAUCAUCGCCGCCCCCUUCCCUGGAGCACCUCUCCCGCACGCCCUCCCCACCUCUGGUGGCACCCUACGACCAGCCGCUGGCUGACCAUGUCACCUACACCUCGUUCGUCAUGGACAAGGCUGUGACCCACACCUUCCGGUCCGGCCUCGUCGAAGAACUUGAGAACGUCACGAAUGGCCUAAUCGAAGGAGAAGCAACAAUGAAGCGGGCACUGGGCCGCCUGUGGCAGGUCAUCAGUGAGGACCCUGAUCGACUGCAAGGCAGCUCCCUACCCGUGACGAAGUUGGAGGAAGAAGACACCGAAGGCGUACCCGAGUACCAGAUCGACCGAGCGAAGCGGUACGGGCGCGCUCCCGACCUCACCCCCACGACACACAAGCUCUUCCUGGUCGGGUCGCAACCGGGCGUUGUCGAGCCUUCGCACUUCACCAGUCUAGACACUCAGCGGGACACGCUAGAGAAGAGUCUAGCAACUCUGCGCGAGUUGCAGGACGACAACCGAGAAUACGCAGAACGGUUGGCGGAGAUCAGGGAAGGGCUCGGGGAGAUUAAGGCGCAGAGGAACAUCAUCUGGCAGGAUGUUCGCCAACGGGCUGUCUCUGAGUUGCAGGACGCGGCGGUAGCGUAUGCCUCGUCGUCUAUGUAGAUCACCAUCUGUAUGCGUCUGGAUUCGGUUACUGUAUUGUACUUAGUUUUCGCUGAUUUCCUACACUCUUGCUCUCGCUGUGCUCCGUGCUCUCUGCGACGAAGUCGGUGUCUGACGCGAGGCCAGGUGGUGGCGGAGGUUGCGGUUCCCGAGACUUUGUGGCGCGUCUCCUCGCUGCCGUCAUCAAUCACUGUGCGGGUUGGCUAACACACGACAAGCUUGUUUCCCG